AACAGCUGAGGUACUGUGUAACACUACAAGUAGAAGAAAGAACACCCUUCCAACAAAACUUUGCAUUUUGCUUAGUGGUGGUGUACACAUUUCAGUGAUAUGGAAUGCAAUUUCUUUAACUGUCAAAGAAGGUUUACUUCUUAAAGAUUUUUUUGGAUUACAGUUUUUUCUCUUUCAACUAAUGUAAUUAAACUCAACAGAGUUGCUUGAAACAUUAGAGCAAAAUAAUUAAAAACAAAAGAAAGAAAGAAAGACAAAUUGAAGAAAGGACAACUUACUGAAGCAGUGUCUUGUUUGGAAAUGUUUGUGAAGAUGCUUAAAUUUGACAGCAGGAUUUUUUUGUUACUCUGUUUAACUCUGUGCCAAGACUGUUACGCAGCUCAGAACUGUGUCAGCAAACAGCAGAUCUCAUCUACCAUCCGCCAGAUGCAGCAGUUCUUAAAGGGGCAGGAAAAUCGAUUUGCUGAAGUAAUUCGCAUCAUGAAAACCAAGCUGACAAAUUUACAGAACUCAAUUUCCAAAGCAAAUGGGGACGAAUAUAUAGUGUCUUGUCCUACACUGGAAGCUCCAGCCAAUGGCAAAAAAUUUGGAACAAAGUACCUUGUAGAUCAUGAAGUCCAUUUUACCUGCAAUGCUGGAUUUGAGCUCAUAGGCCCCAACAGAAAAGUAUGUCAAGAAAAUGGUAACUGGACUGGCGAUAUGCCUUUUUGCAAGGAUGCCAGUGCCUGUGCAAGUCAGCCUUGUCAGAAUGGUGGAAUAUGUUCAGAAGGUAAUAGUAACUACAAAUGUACAUGCCUGCAGGGCUGGACAGGAUACAACUGUCAGCACCCAACACCGACAGCUCCCCCAGAAUGGAGUGUUAUGAAUGACCCCGCCUUCAGCAGGAAACCACGAUGUGCAAAGAUUGACAGGACUCACCACUGCAGUUGCGAGCCAGGUUUCCACAUGAGUGGCACAUAUGACAACAGCAUAUGUCAGGAUGUGAAUGAAUGCGAGGUGUACAAGACACAAGUAGGUCCAAGACUCUGUAUGCAUGCUUGUAUCAACACUCCUGGCUCCUAUCACUGCUCCUGCCCACCGGGAUACAAACUUUUUAGUGAUGGAAGAAGCUGUGAAGAUAUUGAUGAAUGCCUCAUGGCCCUACAUAACUGCAGUCAGGAAACUACCUGCAUAAAUACUGGAGGGGGUUACUAUUGUAUCAACCCAGAGUGUCCCAAGUCAUAUGGAGACAUCAGCUAUGUUAAAACAUCACCUUUUCAGUGUGAACGUAACCCAUGCCCGAUGAAUAGUCGAACGUGUCAUCUGGCACCAAAGACCAUCUCAUUCCAUUAUCUUUCAAUGCCGUCUGGGUUAGAAACUCCAAUUACUCUCUUCCGCAUGGCAAGUGCAUCAGCUCCAGGAAGACCAGGUCCUGACAGUUUGCGUUUCGGGAUAGUUGGAGGAAACAGCAGAGGAAACUUUGUGAUGCAAAGGUCAGACAGACAAACAGGAGAACUGAUUCUCGUUAAACCUUUGUAUGGACCUAUGACUGCAGAGAUUGAAGUUGAUAUGUCAGAGUACCUUGAUCGUACAUUCCAGGCCAAGCAUGUGUCAAAGGUCUUCAUUUUUGUUUCUCCAUACAACUUUUAGAAAAAAUGACUUUUGUUAUGAAAUUUUUGUUCUAGCACUGACUUGAUCAAGUAAUUACCAAUCGUGUUUGUAAAAAUUAAUAACUUUCCAGUCAACUUACUUACCAAAGAGCACAGCAAGAGUGCAAGUAUAAUAAUGUAUGAAAUGCAACUUUUGAAUAUAAAAUUAAUAAGCAGUAUAUAAAUGCACAGAUGUGAUAUUCUGAAGAGAAAAUAGUGUAAAUACAUUUGUUAAAUGUACUAUCAAUACAGUAUUAUUAAAAGGCAAUUUGCAAUUGCCAGUUAAAAACUUUUCAGUGGGCAUACUUACCAGAGCAACACACUUUGAUUGUAAUCAUAAAAGUGUAUGAACUACAAGUUUUGAAUAUAAAAUUAAUCAGCAGUAUGUAAAUACACAGAUGUGAUAUACUGAAGAGUUAAUAAUGUACAGUAUGGUAAAUGGACUAACGAUGCAGUAUUAUAUUAAAUGGCGAUCUUACAUUAUCAGUGGUUUGAUCACUAUGAUAGUUUACAGACAGGGUAUUUAGUAAAUGCUGUUUCUUCAAAGUUCUGAGUUGCAGUCCAACAUAUUGGGCAUGUAUAGAAAACAGAAAUAAUAUGCAAGAGCACAGUUUUAUUUUACCUUUCCAAAGUUUUAAAAGGGUAUGUUGUAAAUAUAAAUGGAUAAGCAUUACAAGAAUUCGGAUUUCCUCGUUUUAGUAUCUUGAGUAUUCAUCAAAGGCCUGUCAAAGGUUUUUUUUUUUUACUGUCAACAAUUGUGGAAAUACUUUGAGAAGCUAUUAAUCAAUUAAGAUUUAUUUUAGGAAGUUUGAACCCCUUUCAGAUUUGUUUUAGGCAGUAAGGAUGCUCCUCUGAUGUCUGCCCCCACAUCUACAUAUGCAAAUACAUAGCUACCUUAAGUUGUAAUUUGCAGUCCUAACAUGGCAGAAUAAUAAGGCAAAUCAAUGAGUGUUUCCAAAUCACCUUGCAAGAAGUUAAUCUGUCAUAAUUAAAUAAAUUAAAAAAAAAAAUCCAAAAUUACGGAGUACAAAAUGGUAAUGAUGCAGGCUGAGGUAUUCAUAAACAUUUUACCCAGAUUCAGAAGAGGGUUAUAUACUGUGUUUCCUGUGUAUGACCUUGACAGCAACACCAUUUAUAAAAUAAAUUAGUGCUACUUUUAAACCAUAGUAGCUAGCAUGUAAACAGUCAUACUAGGGAUAUAGCCCAUGUAGUUACCAUGACUGCGCUCAUGUACAGUUAGCAAAUGAUAGUUCACAACCUUCCACUCCCCUGCUUAACUUAGGCUCCUUCAUGUACCACACCUCUAGGUAACACCUAAAGUAAUGCUGUAAACAGAACUGUGAACCACAAUCUGCAAUGAUAUGAAUGCACACAAUUGAUCUAAAUGCACUGCACCCACAGACACUAAGCAAUCUCAUAUCCCAAAAGUCCGUCCUCCUACCUAUUCCUAUGUCCCAGUACCCAAAACAAGUAUUAGGUCACCCAGAAACAGUUGCAUUAUUGCUAACAGUACAGAGAACUGUGGCAGGCAAACAGAACAAUGUUGACCUACAAAUACUGUAGCUGCAAACACUAGGGAAUAACUUCUCCCUCAUACACCUUCAUCUGUUUAAUCGUAUGCUCUGUUGUCUAACAACACGACUAAUAGGUUCAUAGGUAAGUACUAAGCUAUCUGCCCGAGGGCAUCUAUAAGCCUAGCCAGAAUGUUAAAGCCAAUUCUCUGCUACUGAUAAAAUAAAACAGUCCCUGGCAGACUGCUUAAGUGAAAGCCACAUUACUGAUGAUAUAGGCUUCAGUCACUUUUGAAUGUCAUAUUUUAUUGUAAUAAAACAGUUUCUAUUUAUGUGUGUACCAGACCACAUUAGGACAGCUGUGUACAACAGCGAUGGCAUACAGGGUUUAUUCCCUGCUCCUCAGUUAUAGAACUGAUAGAUUUAAGAUAAUUUUGGCCUCCUUGGCCUGGACAGUGGAGCAGGGUUCAUUUGUAAAUAGUGUAAAUGAAGGGACUGGUUCUCUAUAUAUAAGAACCCCUUUGAUUAAGCCAUUAAUGCCUGCGAUUGUUAUUCAUGUAAAGGCUGUUUUUCAGUUAUGGAUUGCUGAACAGAAAGACACAUAAUUGGCAUUAACAGGUGCACAGGUGGGAUUUUCUCUUUCAUAAGUAUAUAGUUGUACCUACAUAAACUUCUACACUGCCUACAUUCUGUACUCCAGGAUUCACAAGUUUGUGAAUCAUAGACCAUGCUGUAAUCCCUCUUUCACAUACACACUGAGUACCUGGAUUCAGCCAGGUAUACAGUAGUGUUGGUCAAAGAUACAGAACAGAGUAUGGCACUACUCAAAUGUGUUAGGAAGCUAUUAUAGAGUGUGUAGGGCUCUAGUAUGUAACCUAGACUGUGUACCAGGCUUACACAAUUGUGUACUUUGUCUAUGAAUACCUUUAAUUCUCAGUUUAAUUAACAAUGUACAGUUUAAAUAUUGGAAAAAGUUAUAGUAAGAUUAUAUGAAGAUUAGACACUUCUCUCUUUCUCUCUUACACACACACACACACACACACACACACACACACACACACACACACACACACACACACACACUAGCCUGAAGACCCAUUUAUGGUCAAAGCAUACAUCUUGGUAAACAUUUCUGUAGUACAUAAAUAUAUUUGUGUUUGUUACAAAAAUAGUAUGACUGGUUAAUAUCAUGUUAUGUGACAUAAAAUACAAUUAAAACAUGCUGCAUGUUUACUGGUUAAGAACA